AUGAUAAAGAAACACUUCGAAAUCGACGCACUAGGAAUAGCGACAGAAAAGAAGUUAAAUAAACAGGAUCAACGUGCCGUUGACAUCUUCGAGAGAACAGCGAAACGAAGAGAAGACGGACACUACGAGGUCGGACUCCUAUGGUGCCGAGACGACAUCGAGUUACCUGUAAAUUAUAACAACGCUCUCAGAAGACUGAAAAAUCUAGAGCACAAAUUGAAUAGAUCAGCUGAAGAGAAACAACAAUACGAAGAACAAAUAAAGAACUUGGUAAACAAGAAAUACGCUGUAAAGUGUGACGGAUCAGAAACAGGCAGCAAAGUGCAAUGGUACUUACCACACUUUCCCGUUAGAAAUCCAAACAAGCCGGGAAAGGUGCGACUGGUGUUCGACGCCGCAGCUAAAACCCACGGAGUAUGCCUGAACGAUUUCUUGCUAGAAGGCCCUGAUCUGUUGAUAUCACUGAUGAGAAUACUCUUUCGAUUCCGUGAAGAAGCCGUCGCCGUAAAAGCCGACGUGGAAGAAAUGUUUCUUCAAAUAAAAAUAAGAAAAGAAGACCAACCUGCGCAAAUGUUCCUGUGGAGGGAAGAUGAAAAUCAACCGCCCACAACAUAUAAGAUGGCAGCAAUGAUUUUCGGCGCUACGAGUUCACCGUUUCUGGCGCACGCUGUCAGAAAUAAGAACGCACAAGAAUAUAAUGAAACGCAUCCCGAAGCUUUUCGUGCAAUAACGGAAGCCCACUACAUGGACGAUUAUGUGGAUAGUUACGCCACAAAAGAAGACGCUGAAAAAGUAAUAAGUCAAGUGGACUACGUGCACAAGAAGGCAGGCUUCAGAUUAAGAGGAUGGACGAGCAACAAUAUUAACAUUAUGAAGAAUAUACCGAAAGAUCGGCAUGCGAAAAACACAACGCAAGCGAUCACCAAAGAUGAACAGAAGACAUUGGGAAUGUUAUGGGACUCAGUGAACGACGUGUUGAAAUUUAAUACUUCACUGAAUAGAGUUCCCAGAGAAGUAUACAAUAUGACUCGUGCACCGACCAAGCGAGAAACUCUAAGCACAGUCAUGAGUAUAUACGAUCCGCUGGGAUUACUCAGCUGCUAUACGAUCACCGCGAAAAUGAUACUCCAAGACCUGUGGCGACAGAAACUGGGCUGGGAUGAACCGCUGCCGUCAGAAGCCUCUGAAAACUUCGCCAAGUGGUUAAUGAACCUCGAACAUAUUAGCCGCCUCGAACUACCGCGAAGUUACAACGGGGGGAGUCCAGUGAGAAGUCGACAGCUGCACAUCUUCUGCGAUGCCAGCAAGGACGCCUACGCCGCAGCAGCUUAUUGGAGGCUGGAACAAGAGAACGGAGACGUUAAGACUAUUUUAGCAGCAGCAAAGGCUAAAGUAGCUCCGUUGAAAAGCCAGACGAUCCCGCGACUGGAAUUGCAAGCCGCACUGAUCGGUGCGAGGCUAGGAAGCAAUAUUGUGAAAGAUCAUCGAUGGAUAGCCGACGCUGUUUUCUUCUGGACUGACGCUCAAGUGGUUCUACAGUGGAUUCAGAACGGGAAUCUGCGAUAUACACCCUAUGUAUCGCAUCGACUGGGAGAGAUCGCCGAAUUGACGUCAGUACACCAGUGGAAAUGGGUAACGAGCAAGCAGAACGUCGCCGACAUAGCGACCAGACCAGGAUACGUGCCGGAGAACCCCGAAGACCCAUGGUUCCGCGGUCCGGAAUUCCUAUCGAGACCAAUGAACGAAUGGCCUCAACCACACUCGAUCAUCGAAGAACGAGAUGACGAACAGAUCAUUCUACACGCAGUAGAAGACGACUGCAGGUUAGAUUGCCUACCUGAUGUAACACGCUUCUCUAGUUACGAGCGUCUUAUCAGGGCGACAGCAAUGGCGCUGCUGUUCCCGGAGAAGUGCCGGGAUCGACGGGCUGCUCUACACGUCGACCACUUGAGAAGGGCAGAACUUUUAUGGCUCCAGAAGGCACAGAACGACAGCUUCCGCGCCGAAAUAGAGCUGAUGAAGACGGGAAAGACACUUCCGAGAACAAGUCCACUAUACCGGCUUCAUCCAAUCUAUAAGGAAAAAUUAUUACGGCUGGAUGGAAGAAUCGAAGCUGCACACGUGUCCGCGGAUAUGAAGAAUCCCAUCGUGUUGGACGGUCGCCAUCCCUUCACCAAAUUAUUAAUAAUGAAGGAGCACAGAAGAGCGGGACACGGAAGCCGAGAGAGAGUGGUGAAUGACCUGCGUCAGAGAUACUGGAUCCUAAAGCUAAGACCGACAGUCAGAAGUUUGACGAAAGAUUGCGCCUUUUGUCACGUGAGAAGAGCUAAUCCUAAGAAGCCGCCUGUGGGAAACUUACCCGAAGAACGACUGGGAGCUUUCCACAGACCCUUUUCUCAUUGCGGGUUGGAUUACUUCGGUCCCAUGACGGUGACGAUCGGUAGACGUCAUGAGAAGAGGUGGGGAGCUCUAUUCACGUGCCUGACAACACGAGCGGUUCACCUAGAGCUUGUAGCAUCCUUAUCUACGGAUUCCGCAAUCAUGGCAAUAAGAAGAAUGGCAGCUCGACGCGGAUGGCCCAUAACCAUGUACAGCGAUAAUGGGACGAACUUCAAAGGAGCAGAUGCUGAGCUCCGACAGGCCUACGCGGAUUGGACUCCAGCCAUGCAGGAACUAGGACUCCAUUAUCGGAUGCAGUGGAAGUACAUCCCUCCUGGAGCUCCCAGCCAAGGUGGAGCAUGGGAGAGAAUGGUGCGGUCAGUAAAAACCGCUUUGAUCGCUACGCUGAACGAGAAGGCACCAAAAGAGGAGGUGCUGCAGACCGUGUUGACAGAGGCAGAAUACUCUAUCAACGCGAGACCCCUCACGCACGUGUCGGUGGAUCCUGACGACCCUGAAGCGUUAACUCCUAACCACUUCCUGAUCGGGUCAUCAACAGGCCAGCCGUACGUGGGACCCUGCGAAUUGGCUGACAGACGAACCUGGAGAGCAGCUCAAGGACUAGCAGACGAGUUUUGGAGGAGAUGGCUCCACGAGUACCUGCCGACGCUCGUGCCACGACGAGGAACGCCACAGAACCCCCGAGUGAUCGCUGAAGGGGACGUGGUCAUCGUGGUCGACUCGUCGCUGCCUCGCAAUACAUGGCCGCGAGGGAUUGUGGAACGUGUAUAUCCGGGCCCAGAUGGUCAGGUGCGCAGUGCGGACGUCCGAACACGGAGCGGAGUGUUCCGGCGACCAACCUCCAAGCUAGCGGUGCUGCAGGAGACAAUCCAGGAUGCAAGACUAACCUCGCUGUCACCAGAAGAGGCUACGUCGUCACUACGCCGGGGGGAGACUGUAGAGGACAGCGUGAAAUAA